AUGAUGGAGAUAUGCUUUCAGGGCAAAGGGUGUCUUUUGCUUUCAUUCGGCAGGAAAAAAAAAAUUUUCUCUCGAAAUAAAACUUUUUUUUUUUGCUUAAUUUUUCGACUUUUUCUGCUUCUUUUCUUAUUCGCUAUUCGUAACUUUCUUUCAUUCUCUUUCUUUCUCUCAUGUUUAUUUCAACAUUUUUUCCAGUUAUUUUUCGUUCUUUUUUUUCUACUUUCUUUUUGUUCCUCUCUUUCGGUUACAUUUCUUUCAGUUUCUUUUCUUUUCACUCAUUCUUUUAUUCUCUUUCCUAAUUUUUGUGUUUCCUUUCUUCAUUUUCUUUGUUUCGUUCAUUUUUUUUCAAUUUCUUUUUUUUUUUUUCAUUUCUUUCUUUCUCUCUGCAUCCGUUUUAUUACUGUUUUCUUUUCAUUAUUCAUUUUCUUCGUCUCCAUUAUUCACUUUCCGUUCGACGUUUUUCUUUCUAUUAUUCUUUAUUCAUUUCUUCUUCUUUUACUUCUUUCUUUCUUUCUUUCUUUCUUUCUUUCUUUCUUUCUUUCGUUCGUUUGUUCGUUCGUUCGUUUGUUAAAUAUAGAUUUUCUUUUAAAUUCUUUUUCUUUCUUUCUUUCUUUCUUUCUUUCUUUAGUUUACUACCUUUCAAGGUUUUUCCUUUUAAUUAUCACUUUCCUCUUCUUAUUUCUUUCUUUCUUUCUUUCUUUCUUUCUUUAUUUAUUUAUUUAUUUAUUUAUUUAUUUCCUAUACUACCUUCCAAGGUUAUUUCUUUCUGUCAUUUUCUUUCUUUCUUUCAGUUUACUACCUUACAAGGUUUUUCCUUUUAAUUAUCACUUUUCUCUUCUUUCUUUCUUUCUUUCUUCAGUUUACUACCUUUCAAGGUUUUUCCUUUUAAUUAUCACUUUUCUUAUCUUUCUUUCUUUCUUUCUUUCUUUCUUUCUUUCUUUCUUUCUCAUAGUUUCCUUGCUUUUUUAUUGUUUUUUCUUUUCUUCUGCCUUUUGCUCCGUUUUCUUUUCUUUCUUUCUUUCGUUUUUUUUCCUUACUUUUUCUCCUUCUGUCAUUAUUCUAUGUUGUUUCUUUUCCACUUUUCGCUUUAAUUUUUCCUUUCUUUCUUUGCUUAUUUAUUAA